AUCAGAUAGAAAAGGAAGGAAUAAACGGUACGCGUAUUGCGUGUGGAACUAUUAUUGGCUGAAUACGAGUUGAAAUACAAGUUUAAGGAAUUUCAAAGAAUGGGGAAUCUUUGGCUUUUCCAAAGUAGAGAUAAAAAACACAAGAUAGACAACUAAAUUGAAUCAGAGAAGCUCAAUAAACAAAGAGGAUUUCCCAUAAUGCCAUUUUCAAAAUGGCUGCGGUUUGCGGCUUCGUGUGGGCGAGUGACGUGUCGAAGAUUUCGCCGUCAUCGACUGGUGAUCGCCGGAUUGUUCUGCGUCACACUAGUGGUCAUCAGUUUCCAUGUAACGUUGAUCAAAACGAUAUACAGAUCAAGAUGGCAUGUACCAGAAAUGACGUGGUUUCAAAGUAAGGGAAGUGUACAUCAUCAAGGUCAUCUAUUUAGAAAGACACAAAUCGAAAGUGGAUUUAAGAUUCAUCAAGAUCAGAAUAACAGCUCAUCGUACUACAAUCUUAACCCUUUACAUCUCAAGAAUAAAGAAAGAGUUUUACGGUUUCGGGAAAGAUGUCUAGGAAAAGAAACGGAAUUCAUUGGGCUUUCCUCGGAGACGUGGGCUUAUGGUAGAAUAGAGAUAGACCAACGCCAUGGACUUCUCUACUGCCCAUUGCUAAAAGCAGGAUCUACAUUUUGGCGGAGGGUUUUCUUUGCCGUUCGGUCAGGCAGAACGAUUAAUACGCCGUACGAUAUAUCCAUCGGGGAAGCUCUUGGCGGGAAACCGCCGACUCUGGGACAAUCGUUUCCGGAAAAUAGUUCUGCAAGACAGUUAUUUCUAAAUGACGCUUUGAAAGUUAUGUUUGUGAGAGAACCAUAUUCUCGUUUGCUGUCCGGUUAUGUUGAUAAGCUGUUCUCACCGAAUCCUUAUUUCUGGAAUUUGGUGGGAAAAUACAUCAUCGGCAAAUUCCGGAAAAAUCCGUCGGCGCAUAGCUUAAAGUGUGGUCAUGACGUCACAUUUCAGGAAUUUGUUAAAUACGUCAUCUUCACUGAGGAACACAAUGACACACAUCGUGACGCGCACUUCACGCCUACGUAUGAUCAGUGCAAACCGUGCGAAAUAGAUUACAACGUCAUCGGGAAAAUGGAAACCUUCAAAGAGGACGCAGCGUAUAUUUUUAGUAACAUGGGAUACAACAUUUCUAAAAAUACUUUACGGACUUGGGCGAAAACCGCCGAAGAAGACGCGGUAGCCGAUUCCACGAAAAGCCCGUUUAGUUGGUGGAAGUGGAUCGUGAAAUGCAUGUCAUUGGAGGAGGCGGGGAAACGGGUGUGGAGAAAAAUGCAAAUCAGAGGAAUUCUAGGAAAGAAUAUAAAAUAUCCUUUUAAGCGCCAGAAUUUAAAAGCUAUGCCCGCGACCAAGUUUAUAAAAACAGUUUUAAAAUUCAGCGGUGCGUCUAACAAGGCGGAAUUAAAGACGCAGAAGGCGGAAGCCUUAAUGGAGGCGUUUGGCCAAGUGCCAAAAGAGGAUGUGGAAAAGCUUAAAAAUUUAUUUCGUCCAGACUUUGAUCUUUUUGGCUAUGAAGCAGAACCCGGGUAUUUAUUCCAGGAAACAUCAUCUGUGCCUUUCAGUCCUUGGAUCUUUGAUCUCAAAACUUUGUGAUGCAAAAAUUAAAUGUUUACGACAAUG